AUGGCCUCUAGUCCACUGGGCGGCUGCCUGAGGAGCAUCCUUCUCAAGAAAGGCUGGGCGGGCUCGGUGGUCGGUCAGUCUCGACAGGUGAGCGCAGGAGAAAGGAUGGAGUCGAAUGGAACAGUCCGCCAGGGCGGGGGGGCUUUCGCCAAAAGAGAGGAGGCGUUGGAAGAAAUGUACUUCAAGAGAAAGGAAAAGGAGCUGCUUGAUGCUCUGAAGUCUCAUCACGAGGGGGAGAUUACUGCUCAAAAGAAGGAGAUCGAACGUUUGCAGGGGAAGAUUGAGUGGCACAAGGGUAAAUUGGAGAAUCUGACAAAACAAAAGUCAUCAGAUGACUAA